AUGUUCUGUGGAGAGUGUGGCCAUCGCUGGGAACCUGAUGAGAUUGCUAAUGCGCGUUUCUGUGCCGAGUGUGGUGCCCCUCGUGAAGAUCUUUCUCUUCCUGUCUCUGUACCAUCAGCUACAGCAUCUGAUUCUUCAUUGACUUGUAGUAUGCAACCAACGUCGUUGUCUUCGACCCCGAUAUCGACUCGUGCCACCGACUCCACUUGGUUUAAUUCGACAGUAAAUUACCAUUCGGUGGCACCACCAACGUCAUCAUCGUCUACAUCAUCGUAUCCUGUUAUGACCUCAGUACCCAGUAAUCACACGAACCUAUUAACGUCUGCUGUCUCUACGUCGUCAAUUGUAGUCAAUAAGAAAUGUACACAAUGUGGAGAGCCAUUUGGUGACUCUACUGCUUCUUUCUGUGGUGAAUGUGGUGCCUAUUGUCCAGCAAUAGCUUCAGGUCCUACAGUAUCAAUUGAUAAGACGGGAGAUAUGUUUAAUAAAAGUACGACGUCGUAUACUGCUUCGAUUCCAGCUCCAGUAACAAAUCCAGUCGGUCAUGAAAGAGAUACGUCUUUUUCAACUGCAAAUGGACAUUAUAAACCACCUCAACCAGCAACUCAAACCUCAAGAGCUCCCGUCCCGAUAUCUAUACAGGACCCCUAUGCUUCACAUACCGCUUCCUCUGCGUCGAAUUCGUACGCUUCUACACCGCAAGCACCAGCAGGUCCAGUGGAGCCUCCAGCUGUGGUGAAUUUGGAGACUGGAAUUUCAUCUGGAAGCAGUAUCAGUACGUUGCUUGCAAAUCUCUCGGUAAGCGCCAAGCCUCAAGGUGAAAGUGAUGAACCCGAUGGAAAUGGCAUUGGAGUGACCAUUCAACGGGUAGUGCGGACGCGUAACAUGGAUUCAUUGAGCACGAGAUUGAGCAUCUCGAAUGCUGUUGAACGCAAUCGCACUGACCCCCAGGAACGCAGUGAAGGCUACAACGUGACUAAGGUGAACGAGACGAUCACGGUGGUCCAGAAUGAACGUGCGGAUCCAGUUGAGGAGCGCUAUUACAACCAGCGUACGCUGCCGGACAACGGUGAGUGGCUGCAAAUUUUGCGUAAGAACCGACAAGCCGGAUCCAAGUUUACUGACCCGCAGUUUCCACCGGACGCUUCUUCAAUCUUCCGCGAUGUCACUCACCCAAAGUACCCGCAUCUGCAGGAUUACAUCUGUAAGUGGAAACGAGUGACGGAUUUCUUUAAUGAGACGGCGUAUGUAGAGAUUACCAUGCUGGACGAUGAGAAAAAGCUGGUGUGUAGUAUGUCCAUUAAGAGCCCUGCUGAGGCUGAAAGCAUUUUGAACGUUAUACGUCAGAAUCCAACGCGCGUUGACACGCAGUUUCUGAAGAUUGCCAAAGACGCAGUCACGACGGGUGUUACCAAACGUAAGCGUGAUCAUUUGAUACUCCUUACAAAGAAUAUGAUUGUGCACAUGAGCGAGUUUGUGCAGGACGGACUCCAGCGCUUCGACUUGAUGUGGGAAAAAAGCUUGCUGGAUCACUACAAGCCGCUUGCGUUUUCCAGCGUUGGAGAGGGAUCGGGCUACCGCGUCGACGGAUCCGGGUCCGGAGUGGUGUCUCGCGUCUCGGUUUUGGUGCCCGUGUACUUCCAUGCUCAAGGGACAUGCCUCUUUGACCGCUCGCGUGAGUCCAAGGCUGCUAGUCGCAUCUCAGGGGUGGGCAUUAGUCCUGGAGAAAUGCGCGUGGGAAGACUUGCAGACGCCUACGUGUUUGGUGCACUAUCGAUUCUGUCGACGUCUCAGCUUGCGCUAUCACAGAUAUUUCCUGAGCUAAGCGACGAUUUAGUGCGCCCAGAUCGUGUUGAGGUUGGCACUAUAUUCCCGAAGGAGCAGCAGUACAAUGAAGAGGGCGUGUAUGCUGUGCGUUUCUGGCGUAACAAUCGCAGCCGCGUGGUUGUCGUUGACGAUUACAUUCCGUGCAGCCAGUACGGCAAGCCUGUUUUUGGUUCUUUCACAGGAAGCAACGGCAAGUUUGAGAUUUGGUCGCUGCUGGUGGAGAAGGCUUUCGCGAAGUUACACGGGGGAUAUGAGGUGAUAGUCGGCGGACAAGAAGGAUACUUAUUGCAGGAUAUCUACGGUGGUGUCCCCGCGCGAUACACGUUGCAAGAAAAGUGUCCGAACGAAGAAACAGCGUGGCAAGCGCUUAGUAAAGCACUCCAGUCGGGCUCUCUCGUGGGAUGCAGCAACGAAGACGUGGGAUCUGAACUGCCAACGGGGCUUCGAAAAACGGAUGCUUACGGUAUAAUGAAGCUUGUGGAGCUGGACUAUCAGGGAGUACCUACUCGCUUGGUGCAGUUGCGUAACAGUUGGGGUAUUGGAACCCACCAGCAUCCAGAGAAAUGGAAGGGUUCGUGGUCGAACGAAGACCCUAAAUGGCAUACGUUCUCCCGUAUGCAAAAGGUAGAAUGCGGGUUCCAGUUUCGCGAAGAUCACACGUAUUGGAUGGACUUUAGCGCUUUCUACUGCUUCUUUACGACUGUCAUUGAAUCGCAAAACUUGUACAACUUCCGUUCCCUCCCAGACGGUAUUGGCAAUCCGAUUUCUCCAAGCCUAAGCAUUCACAUAGUUUCAGGAGAGUGGAACGGUAUAACGAGUGGCGGGCGCGAUGCCAUGCAUUUGAACCCGCAAGUCCAGCUGUUUUCUCCUGCCACAAGUGGCUGCAACCUCAUUAUUCACCUUGAACAGCCAUCGCGCCGAGUGAAGAUGGAGACGGAGUACACGUCUUACAUUGCACCCGUUGUCGUGAAAAACGGCGAGCGACAGCUGCGCAAAGUUGAUCUAUCACAAGAUGUGGUAGCUACGGGUACCUUCAUUUCGAGUCGCAGUUGCGUCCUCGAAAUUCCGCUGAUGCCAGUUGAAGGUGGGAAACCGUUUGUGAUCAUCCCAGCUACAUACGACGGUCAUUUACCAUAUCAGCUAAGCUUCUCAAUGACGAUUUUCACGUCGAAGCCGACUGCAGUGGUUCCUGUCUCAGACACGGGUUCGCUGCCUGUAUGCUGCAUUUGCCAAAAUGCACUCUCAGGCACGUUCCGCACUUUCACGCACGAGCAAGACGGACAGAGGAAGGUAGACCGCGUGUGUCAAGGUGCAUGUGUGGAUGCCUACCGUGAGCGCAACACUCCUGUGUGCGUAGACUGUCACCAGCGUAUUGAAGUAGUGGAAGGUCGAUUUUCCGGCCGUAUGUUCACUCUCCCCGAUGGUUCCAGCGUGCACGCCGAAUGUAUUGACGCAUACCAGAUUCGCACGUCCGAGAAGUGCAUCCAUUGUGGCCAUGCUAUCGCAGCUAUCCCUGGCCAAUUUACCGGUAAAUACUACCAGGUUAAUGGAGGCAAGUGUCACGGUGAGUGUAUGGAAGCGUACCAGCUAGCCACUGCACAACGUUGUGUGUACUGUAGUGAGCCUGUGAUUAAGGUUGCUGGGAGAUUUGAUGGCCGCUUUUACAAGAUAGAGGGUGAACGGCUUGUGCACUUUGAGUGUUGGGAGCUGUACCAGCAGUCUGUUGCGCCAAAGUGUGUGCACUGUGCACAGCCAAUUUUACAGAUUCCAGGGCGAUUUGAUGGUCGUUUUUACGAACUAGCAAGUGGCAUUGGUAAGGUUCACUUUGAGUGCUGGAACGCGUACCAGACGUUAGCAAACGCCCCAAAGUAA